AUCUCCCUGACCUCCUGACAUUCUCUCAUACACUAUUCUCCCAAUCAUUAUUUUUAUUCUCCUUGCGCUUAAUAAACUGGCCUAUUUUUCUUGGUCUUUUCCAAUCGCCUAUGAUUAAAUUCUUAAAUCGUCAUCCGUUCACCGUCUCCCCCGCGGCUGAAAACGAGUAGAAUUGUGGAAGCCGGGAGUCGAUACCCCCAAGUUUCCCCCAUGGGUAAUAGUCAAGGCAAGCCCGUUGAUCUCAACGGCGAAGUGAGCCUAAACCAUUUCCGAUUAUUACGAGUCGUCGGUCGCGGUGCCUUCGGUAAAGUACGAAUAGUCGAGAGGAAAGACACCGGCUUAUCCUUUGCCCUGAAAUACAUUCGUAAAGAUGAGGUCGUACGGUCUGAAAGCGUCCGAAAUAUCAUACGAGAACGACGCAUGCUCGAGCAUGUGAACCACCCUUUUAUCUGUAACUUGCGCUAUAGUUUCCAAGAUAUCGAGUAUAUGUACCUUGUAGUCGAUUUAAUGAGCGGAGGCGACCUGCGUUUCCACAUCUCGAGGAAGGCCUUCACGGAAGACGCCGUGCGUUUCUGGAUAGCGGAGCUGGGGUGUGCGCUCAGAUAUAUACACAAUCAAAACAUAAUACAUCGAGACGUUAAGCCGGACAACGUGUUACUGGAUGCUGAUGGCCAUGUUCACUUGACAGACUUCAACGUUGCUUCGGACGUAAUACCCGGCAAGGUCCUCACAAGCAAAUCGGGGACGCUAGCGUAUCUUGCCCCCGAAGUCUAUGCAGGCAAGGGCUACGAUGUAAGGGCUGAUUGGUGGUCGCUCGGGGUACUUUUCUAUGAAUGUAUCUACAAUAAGCGGCCAUUUGAAGGCAAUUCGGAAGCUACGUUAACGAACGUCAUUCUUGCUGCGAACCCCAAAUUCCCCGUCACUCAACCUCCAGUCUCACUGCCAUGUUUGUACGCCAUCGGUGCUGCUCUAAAUCCGAACCCCGACAAGAGGCUCGGUCACACCUGGCAAAGCUUCAUAAAGGAGUCCUUCUUUCAGUGUAUCGAUUUUGAGGCUUUGGAACGGAAAGAGUUAGAGCCUGUGUUUAUCCCAUCAUCAGAAAAGACCAACUUUGAUGCUACCUACGACCUUGAAGAAUUGCUAUUAGAGGAAGCCCCACUAGAAGCGAGGGCGCGGCGUCAAAAACCUAGAGAGAAAUUAAAGGAUGACGCUACUGAGAAAGAAAUUCGUGAAGAGGAGCUGUACCGUACCAUCGAGCGGGAAUUUCAGCCGUUCGACUACACUGUGGCAGCUUAUAAAAAAAUUACGGCACAGCAGGCGGGAGGAACCGGAGAAAAUAGUUCUGUUCCGAGCCCAGCCACUGAAGAACCUCGAGCCAUCAGUACGGACGAGGUCAAACCAGCUCCAACCAACAAUAAGGCUCCACAGCAAUUGUAUCAGUCGUCAUCUGUACAAAACAGGCCCCCAUCAGAGAAGAGUUUUACGACGAGCGGUAGCCGGGCACCCAAAUCCGCACCACGGCCCCCAGCUCCGCUCGCGUCAUAUCACCGCACAUACAGCAAGAGCGUUUCGCAAUCCUCGGGUUUACAAGUCAAAUCGCCCAGCGGUGGCAUAUCUGUUACGCUAGAAGAUACAGGCAGUUGGUCAGACCUGGCUCGUCGGGAUGCGACGUUGCCAGCCGAUGCUAGUGUUACCAACGACGAAAAGUCAUCCGGGGGCGGCGGCGGCGUCUUUGGGCUUUUUGGCCGAAAGAAGAGGGGCCAUAGUCCAAAGCCAAAAGAGAGAGGAGUUCUGGGUAAAGAGGGGGCACGACAAGUAGUUGGUUGAUAUCAUUUCCGCACUGCAUAUCAUUAAGUGCAUCGGCGUCUUCUGGAACUGGGAAUAGGUCACUAGGACUCAUGUGAGUCUUAUUACUGCGCAAUGUCCUCCUUUGAUCGUGAGGAGAAAUCUUUUACGAUGGAUGGCAUGUCAGCUAAGCUGAGCGGCGUUUUUUUGGAGUCUUUCGACAACACCGGCGAACCAAAUUGACUCAUCGAUUCGGCGGAUUGUAAUAUCUCCAGCAGUCCCGAUGUUUGCAGAUACCAAGUGUCGCGAAUAGAAACGAGCAACCAGCCUCGUUCAAGGGAAAA